AUGCAAGAAAAACCGACCACGGUCGCUGCAUAUGCGGCAGGAGCCUCGCUCGCCGCAGUCGCGCUAUUCUACGUCUUCGGUCCCAACUAUACGAUCGAUGGCGACGAAUCUAAUGACAACAACCGCAAAAAGAGCAUCGUGGGCCUGUCCAACCUGGCCAAUGACUGCUUCAUCAACUCCGUGUUGCAGGCACUGGCCGGCCUGGGCGACCUUCGCGUCUACCUGAUCCGCGAGCUGCACCGACGCGAGCUAGACGGCCCGGAGGUUUACCACGCGGUGCCGGGCCCGAACGAGCUCUCGCGCGGCCAGCGGCCAGACAAAGUGCGGGAAUUACAACAAGGGAUUAUUACCAGGGCAUUGAAAGAGAUGCUGGAUUCAUUGAAUGAGCGCCCCAUCUGCAAGAAGACCAUCUCGGCGCGCGGGUUCAUCCAGGCGCUGGAGUUCGCCUUCCGCACCCGCAUCAGCCGGAAUCAGCAAGACGCGCAGGAGUUCUUGCAGAUUGUCCUGGAGCGACUCUGCGACGAGUACCAUGCUGGUGUGCGUGCGAGACAGCGGGCAAUCGGACUAAAUAGUGCGCCUGCUGGCUCAGGCGACACGGGAGCCGUGCCUGAGAGCCCGACCGAGGUGGAAGUACGGAUUGACGAUGGGUCGGAGAAUGGUCUGCCGGCCAUUAUCGACACGAAACUGAAGGAAAUUGACAAUGAGCCUGGAUUCCUAUUCGAGGGCAAGUUAGAGUCGCAGAUCGUUUGCCAAUUUUGCCAGUACCAGUAUAAGCCCAACCAGACGGCCUUUGUCAACCUUACGCUGCAGGUGCCGCAAAAAAGCUCCACGACUCUGAACAACUGUUUCGAUGGCCUGUUGAAGACCGAAUAUAUCGAGGAUUUCCGAUGUGAUCGCUGCCGUCUACAGCAUGCCGUGGAUUUUAAGAUCCAGGAGCGAGACCGGACGCGUUCAAAGACCGAGCAGGAGCGGUUGGAUCAAGAGAUUACGCGCAUUCGUGAAGCAUUGGAGACGGACCCUGAAAAUGAGCUGGAGGGAAUCGUUCUGCCACCGUCGGAUCUCGCGCCCAAGCGACGAAUUGCACGGCAUAUGCGCAUCGUAUCAUUCCCCAAGGUCAUUGCGAUUCAUCUGUCACGGUCAAUAUUUGACCGCAGCAGCUCAACGAAGAAUGCGGCCAAGGUGUCGUUUCCCGAACGCUUGCCUCUGGGAGGCAUCCUGAGCCAGACCUGGUAUAAACUGCUGGCCAUCGUCUGCCACAAGGGUAGCCACCACAGUGGCCACUACGAGUCCUUCCGUCGCAAUCAUCUGUAUGCCCCGUUUUCAACGCCAGAGGCCUUCAGUUCCUACGCUCAAAGCCGUGUGAGCAGUGUUAGCACUUCAGCAGCACCGAGCCCGCGAUUGGCACCACGCAGUAGCCCGGACGCAGACAUGGGCGGGAGCAGCAGCAUCUCAAGAGCGACCUCGACCACAUCGCUCUCGGCCGCCUCGCCCACCUCACAACUCACGCCUUCCCUGCCGCGUCCUACGACCUCCAGCUCGCGCCGCUCGUUCCAGAGCAGUCGGUCUCGUUCCCGCUCGUCGACCCCUCAACAAAUCGCCGAUUCGGAUAGCAACAGUCCGACUCCGGAAAGGGGACGAUUCAGUACAUCGUCUGCCCCGCGCCCCUCCCGAACCAUUCCCCGCCCGUCCACGGAGACCUCCACGGGGGUCAGUUCGCGGCUUCGUCGCCGCCGCAAGCCGAACGAUCGCUGGUGGCGCAUUUCGGACGAGAAGAUCAAAGAGUGCAAGACCUCGGACGUGCUGGGCAUGCAGAAGGAGGUCUAUCUGCUGUUCUACGAGAUUGAGCGGCCGGACACGAGCCCAACGGUGGCCGAAGAGCGGCUAUGA